AUCUGUGAUGAUACAGAUAAAUGUGUGCUCUUACAGAUAAAUGGAGGAACUAUUGCCAGAUUUUGGGAAAGGAAACCAGGUAAAUGUUCAGCUGUGGCUGAAAUUCCUCGUCUAAGUGAAUUAAUAUGAGAUUUUUUUUCUAUCAUAUUAAUUGAAGGGAUUCUCAUUUAAUAAGCUGUGUCCAAUAAUCCACAAGCAUCUUACACCCCUUUGCUUUUAUUUAUAGCUUAAACAGAGGCAAAAUCUUUUAGACAGAAGAUCAUAUGUUGAGCUGACUGAUAAUCCACCAAGAGAAUCUGAUGUAAGUUCUGAGUGAUUUAGGGUUUGCUUUAGGUUUAGUAAAUGAAUUGGUAGUUUUGGUGUGGUAAUGAAAACAAAUAUAAGAAUUCUUUUUAAAUACAACUGGUAGUUUUACUGGUAUUUCAUAUUGUCCUCAAGUCAGCACUGAACUUUUUUUUCUAGGCACCAUGGAUCUAAGUAUUAAUAAAGUACUUUUGGUGUCCUCAACUACAUUUCUAUUGGUUUUCAACACUUUUUUCUCAUUUGUGAAUGUUUAUAUUCAGGUACCUCUGGAGGAAAGUGCCACUUUCCAUUCCUAGUUGUUCCUUUGUGUAUUCUAAAACCCUUCACUGUUUUCAUUAAUCUAUUAAUUCACACCAUGAGGAGAACGUGAAGUCCCUUCCAAUACUGAAAAGGCAUCCAAGAGAGCUGGAGAGGACUGUGGACAAGGACCUGGAGUGACAGAACAGAAGGGAAUAGAUUUUAAGUAAUGGGGGUAGGUUUAAAUGGGAUAUUGAGAAGAAAUUAUUUAAUCAGAGCAGGGUGAGGCCCUUAUACAGGUUUCCCAUUGAGGCUGUGGCUGCCCCGUUCCUGAAGUGUUCAAGGCCAGGUUGGAUGGUUGGAGCAACCCGGGCUAGUGGAAGGUGUCACUGCCCAUGGCAGGAAAUCUUGACGUUCCCCUCCAACCCAAACCACCCCAGGAUUUAACCCAAGUGGCGAUGGCCACAAGCAUGGCCACAUGACUCGUGAGCGAGGGUGGCACACGCGUUCCUGGAAGCGUUCCUGGAAGCCUUCCCGGCCGGCGGGAGCAGGGAGCGCACAGGUACCUCGGCCCGCCCGGCCUGAGAGAGCGCCUCUGCCGCUUUCGGCUCCGUCAGCGGCUGCCGGCCGCAUCCCCGCCCCGCCCCGGGGGCGGCACCGCCAGGAGAGGCAUCACCGGCGAAGGCAGCAUCGCACCCCGCUACCCGCACACGCCAGGAUUUGCCCGGGGAAGGCAAGAAGCAUGACCAAGAUGAACUGCAUUCUGCUGACCACCUGCAUUGUUCUGAUUGCUUUUUGUGGCUCUGGUUAUACCUUAAGAUGUUACCACUGUGACAACAGCCCUACCGUGUGCAGGACCAACAGCACCUGCUUAACAACUGAAGACACUUGCUUGCAGUUGAAAUUUGGUAAAUUGAGAACUUUCUCCUGCUGGAAGGCAUCCCAGUGCAGUAUGAAUGAAAUUGCAGAUUCCUUCCUGUUGGAUAAUUUUGAAUUCUUUUGCUGCCAACACGAUCUGUGCAAUGAGAGUGCGAUUACUGGGGUUAACAAAGCAGCCUUCAGUAUUGCUUCUGUAAUGGCCAUGUUAUGGAUGCUCCUGUAAUAAUCCUGGUUUGUAAGCUGUCCUUUCAAGAUGAAGUUACACAAAACCAUUAACUCUUUUCUAUAUCACAUAUUUUCAGCUCCUAUCCAUAGGCAGAAACAUUCCCGUGUAAUUUUAAGUUGUUUCCCAAGGUUCUGUCUGUUAAAUCACUGUCUCCAUUAAUGGGAAGGAGAUGUGUGUUGUUACCAUCUGUUUUGAUCUGUUCCCCUGUUCAUGGGGAAGAUCAGCUCUUGUGAAGUGGUGUUAUCUUGUGGAGAACCUGGGCAAACUCCAGUGGGUGAUGUGAAGGAGAAGGAACACUGCAGCUUUUCUGCUGGAAAUUGUCAUUUUUCUCCUGUCCCAUAAACUGUCAUUAUUUUUGCUUGGCAUUUCUGUGGGUUUUGAUUUGUUUUGCUUUGGAUCCUCCUUGUCACAAGCCAAGCAGUAGAUCUGCCUUCAACACAAGAUGUGUUGGAUCAUAAGUGUACCUUGCUGCAGUCUUUGUGAUGAAUAUGGAAAUAUUCAGUUUCAAGUCAUGUAAACACUUUGUUCCCAUCACUGUACAUUUGGGUUUUUUUCUACAAGCCAAUGAUAUAACCUUGUCAAGUGCUGUUAUUUUGGGUGAAAGCAUCUACAUUUCUUAAACCAAAACCAAAAUACUGUUACAAGUGAGAAACACUUCUCUCUCUUUUUUUUUUUUUUUUUAAUAUAUAUUUCUGUGAGCAUGUAGACAACAUGUGAUUAACUUCCUUUUUGAUAUUCCUCAUACAUUAUCCAGGCUUAGGAUUUUAAGUGAGCAUGUGCUUUGCACUGAGUAUUUACUGGUAUACUGAAAAUCAAUUAUAAUAUGCUAAGGAGUUGAAAUGGCACAUGUAGGUUACUUCCCCACUAGCUUUUGGAUUUUGUUUAAAACAGUGACAUGUAAACUUAACCCUUCAAGCUUCCACCUAAGAGUAUUAAAAUCUUGUAGAACUUUCUUUCCAUAAAUGCCAAUGCACAGUAUAGGUGUGUAUUUAUAUAGCAUGAAUAAAACCUGCUCCAUCUGUAGGUGUGAGGGGUCAUAUACUGAAAUACUUGCUGUGGUGGAAACAUACCUUGGGACAUCUCUGGUACCUGGGGAUCUUCUCAGUCAGGUGGGAUGCCAGAUCCUCUUUUUUCUUCUUCUGGAGCUGAAGAUAUCCCUGCCAGAGUUGUGUCCAUUGCCAAUGAGAUACCCUCUUCUUGAGGACUCUUGCUUGUGGUCUUGACACUUGUGACACCAGUUCACCAGUCACAAGGGUGAACAAGGGUGUUGUUCCAAAUCCCCAAUGUAUUCCACAAUGUACCUUUUGGUUGAGCUUAUUGUAGCUAUGAAAGUGUCCUGGGAUCUCUCCCGUCACUUGAAGUACGGAAGUCGUCCUGUCUUUGAUUAAUAAAAAUGUCAAAAAAGAA